AUGCGUGUUCCCCUCUCGUCCAGAGAAAGCUCGCCUCUGUCAACAAAGCGGCUAUCUCACGCGAGUGCCGAUGAACAGACUGUUGAAUCCAUUUUUCCAACCGUAGGCGCUGAAUACAAUGACGACGAAAGGUUACUUUCGAUAGAAGAUGGUGCAAAGGCCGAGAAGGCUUCGUAUGGCAGCAAAUGCUCCUCAAAGAUACUGUAUCAACACUUCGAUGACGACGAAGAUCCAUUCUGGUCAGACGAAUACCCAGAAAACGUACCCCUAGCUGCGGAAAACGACGAGACAAAAGAAUGUGCGAUUCUUGUGAGGAAAAAGAAGAGUGCCGAUCCUCGAAAAUCCUUGGAGAUUGACAGUAUAGUCAUUCAGAGUCCUUUCCUCAAAAAAUCACUUGAAGGAGCUCUCGCCGACUAUCCCGACGUAAAUCUCAAUUUGGAGCGUGUGGAAUUUAACGCUCCGUUUGGUCCCUUUGUACAUCGAUGGGAAUCAUUUAUCGCGACUCUAACAAGCAAGGAACACGAUGAGGAGACCCGAAAUCACCUGAAACUAUUGCACAAAUCUAUCGCGUCUGAGGUAACAGAUACAAUAAGAACUAUCAAGGACUACAAAAAGAGCAAAGUUGUUGACUUUGAACGACUCUGGGCCAUAUUCGAACCAGGAUGCAACGUAUUAACCACCGAAAACAGCCAGCAAAUGGCAGCAAGGUUUGAAAGAGCAGACUAUAUCGAGACGAGAACUGGAAUGCAGUUAAUGCUCGACUGCGAUGUCAUCAACUGGAGCGAGUCGAGCUUCGGCUGGGAGCAUAAGACUUUCCAAAUCCCCGCAUUCAAGGACACUAUCCCAAUUCUGGCUCUUCCAGUAUUUCCCCUCAAGAGCCAUCCAAGAGUUUCCUCGAUCUCAAAGACACUAGUCGAAAGGGGAAAACUUUUCGAGAAACUGCGCGGCAUGCAAUACAGGGCCUAUGACGGCCAGGCAGUUCAGGUCGUAGAGCUGCAACAGAGCUUUGAAAUCCGAGAAAAGGUGGUGAGGGUACAAGAGCGUGUUAUUGUCGACGCCACCGCCUAUGACAGGUUCAAUCCGCACGAUAGCACGCUGACACAUCCGAUCAUCAACGACAACAUGAAGGACAUAGAAUCUUCGAGGUUUGGACAUGCAGAAUAUAAAGUCAUUCCUUUGGACCACCUAAACAAAAGCAAUUCCGACGAGUCCUUGACGGAUAAUCAACGCCUGCUUUGCGUGCCAACGGUUCGGGGAUACGCCCUCAAGACCAAGCGAUGGCUAAAGCUCAAUAUUUCUUGCGUACGCGAGAUAACCUUUAAUGAAGAGGCAUUCAACAGCCUGGUUCUGCCUGGGAGCUACAAAAGGCUUCUGGGAGCCUUCAUUGAGAGUCAGUUGCAGUUCAAAAACGAAUUCGAUGACUUUGUCUCCGGCAAGGGCAAAGGGAUAGUCAUUCUGCUUUCCGGAAGCCCGGGAACCGGCAAGACUCUUACAGUAGAAAGCGUGGCAGAUGUUAUGAAAGCGCCACUGUACAGUCUUACAGCCGGAGAUCUCGGGACAGGCAGCGAAGGUGUUCAACGGCGCUUAGAUGAUGCUCUCCAACUCGCAGCUGACUGGAAUGCGGUUCUUCUCAUUGAUGAGUGCGAUGUGUUUCUCGAGGCUCGAAGCAACAAUAAUCUCGUACGCAACGAGCUCGUUAGCAUUUUUCUGCGGACUAUUGAGUACUAUGAGGGCAUUAUGUUUCUGACGACGAACCGACUCAACUCGAUCGACCCCGCGUUUCAAUCCCGUGUGCAUCUUAGUCUUGAAUACCCUGGCCUCGAACAGUUAUCUCGUAAGGAGAUUUGGUCAGGCUUUUUGAGCAGAAUUGCAGGUGGCGAGCAAGGGCAUCAUUUAACGGACAGCGAAGUCGAGAAGUUGGCUGCUCUGGACUUGAAUGGGCGGCAGAUUAAGAAUGUCCUCAAGAUGGCAAAUCUUCUAGCGUGCUCGGAAAAGAAAAUGAUUGAGUGGGAGCAUGUAACGAGCGUUCUAGACGUAUGGCGUUCCAAGGUUGACUAG